UUUUGAUCCACAAAAUUUGUAUUCUUCUGCGUUUGCUUGCCCGCAUUUUUCAAAAGAUUUUUCAAAAAAUUAAAUUCUUUUUUUUUUUUGAAAUAAAAGAACAUAAUUUUUGAACUUCUAUAACAAAAAAAAAUAAAAAAAAUGGAAGUGACACCAAAAUUGCCACGAAAAUCUCUAUCCUUAACUUCACGUUUACGAAAUCCUUCAAGUGCAUCUCCAUCACCAAAACAUCACCUCCGUCGAUCUAUCGAUCCAUCCUCACCAAUUUCAAUUCCAAAUGAUGGCGGUGUUGAAGGAACUCCGCCGCAUAGAAAAUUUACAUUUAAUUUCCCUUAUUCCCCAUCGAAUGAUGUCGACUUUUCUCCUCGAUCAAUGUUGUCUCAAUCAUCAAACAAUAGUCCAGAUGUCACUUGGAAAUGGACACAAGAUGAUCAAUCAACUGAGACAACCAUCAAAUCCAGGUCAACUCCAAAUAGUACAAAUAUAAAAGAGCUUCGCAAAAAACGAUCUGUCGAGAGAAAAGAAGAACUUCGUAAAGCUGAAUUGGAAAAAAGAAAAGCUAUCAAAACGAAAAGGGAAGAUGUUAUAAAAAAACAAUGCGAACAAAUGGAAUUAAUUAUUUCAAAGAAAUGCGCUGAAACGACAAAGUCUUUCGUUGACAAGGAUUUUGUUGAGAAUAAAAAAAGAUUGUCGACAGAUUCUUCAGGUUUUGGGUCGAAAGGUAAAGAGGAGGAUGAUUUAUUUGAUGAUUCUGCUUUUGAUGGGAUAUUGGAGAGGGUUGACACUGAUUUGGUUAGUAAACCUUCUGUUUCUUUGGAUAAAAAGGAAGGUUCACCUAGAACCAAGCAAAUAGAUGAUGUCCAUGUAUCACCUGUUGCAUCACCAACAACAGCAGCAAAAGACAAAGACUUGGAUCUUUUAGAUGAUUCUGAAUCUGAAGGACUCUUGCUUGAAGCAUCACAACAGGUAGAGACAUCAAUUGAAACAAAAACGAAGAAGAAAAGUUGCACCAAAGAACUCGAACGUUCCUUCGAAGAGAUUCCUACAGUGGAUAAGGAAGAAAAAGCCUCAAACUAUGAUUUCCUUCAAGAUUCAUUUGACGAUUGCUUUGCCCUGGUCGAUGAUGAUAUCUUUGCCGCGGAGCCUAAGAAACCCAGAACAUCACUGCAACGAUACAAGUCAAUGCCAACAGAAUCACCAACUUCUAAAGCACCAUCAUCUAACGUAGUAAAAGCAAGCCCUGAUAAAUCAAAAAUUAGGCGAUAUCAAAGUAGUAGUACUAUACGACCAAAUAGUAAGUUUCGUUGAAAACAUCCUUAAAAGCCUAUGUAUUUAAUCUCCCACCAACACAUCAUCUAAUAAGUGCAUAAUUAAUGGAGCAGAUUUUAUAGUUCACAACUCUUCUUUUUAACAGAAGAAUUGCUUUGAGUUAAGUUUUUAUUUCAUUAUAAAUGCGCUGGCUUCUUUAGAUAAGUUUUAAGGCAACCAUUUUCAGUUAUACGAUCAAAUUCCAAUUGUGAUAAGUUUUUUGUUGUUAAAUAAAUUUUUAUAUUUAAGUUAA